AUGCCUCCCGCUACCCCUGCUCACCUCGCCGGCUCGCUCCUUGCUCUAUAUGCUGCGCUCAACGCCGCGCGCGCCUGUCACAUCGCCAUUACCGCCCGUACCGCUCAAGCCCUCAGCCGAGGCCCGCGCGAGCCACUGAAGAUGCCGCGCGUUUACUUAUUCCCCCCAUCCACACCCUACCUGUACCGCUGCCUCUGCAUAUUCCCGUUAGGACACGUGCAGAUAGCGCAGAGCGGCGCUUGCGGAGCGAGUGGGCAAGAAGGUGUCAUGCUCGUCCCCGCUGCUCGCGCGCUGCUCUCCGCCGACGCGUACUCGCGGGAGCGUGAUACGCUCCGCCCAUUCCAAUCAAGCGUGAUAUGCCUCGCCCCGACCUUCGAUGGAGAGCGGAUACGCCAGUUCUCUCACAACCUCGACGACGAAGACGACGUUCACAAUGCAACGCCAACAACCCCAGUCAUUCGUUCACUCACGAGUCCGCCGCGCCUUUUUCCCCUAGUGCACCGGCCGCGACGGGCGCGCCAGCGCGCUCCAUCCACCUCCUCUUCUCCUCACUCUCCGGGAGACGUGCUCUGCCUCCUCCUCCCCGCCCUCCUCUCCUCGAUCGUCGCGGGUGGCGUCGCGCCUUUCAUGACCUACGUGAUCGGCCAGUUCUUCAACAUGUUCGCCCAGUUCCCCCUCACCCCCAAUCCCCCGCAAUCCGCCAAGGACGCCCUCCUGCAAGCCGUCGGCAUCAGCGCCCUCGAGCUCCUCGGCCUCGCCAUCGGCUCGAUCGCGCUCGGCAGCCUCACAUCCUGCUUCUGGAUAUGGACCAGCGAGCGCAACGUCCUUGGCUUCCGCCGUCGCGUCUACACCGCCGUCGCGCAUAAGCCCAUAGCCUGGUUCGACACCGCGGUCGCCCCGGGUGAGGGUGCGGGGGGCAUGAUGGCGACGUUCGCGCGGGAGAUGGACGACGUGCAUGCCGCAUCGUCCCUCAGCUCCGGCUUGCUCAUCCAGCACCCCACGACGCUUGUCACCUGUCUAAGGCUGGCGUUCUCGCUCGGUGGUCCUCACCCUCGUUACCCUGUCCUCCUUGCCUGUCCUCGUCUUCGUGCAAGCGAUUUCGCAGCGGACCCCGCAGUGCUCAUCCUGGAUAAACCAACCUUUGCCCUGGACAUCGCCUUGCGCAUCCUCGUUUUUGAGGCCAUCAAACGCUGGCGUCUACCCCCCAGUGAGAGGGAUAUGCUUUACUCCCCGUCCACAGUCGCGUCCUCCAUGCACACCGCCCCUCGGAAGACGCGCACGACCAUGGUCGUCACGCACGACCUCUCGCACAUCGAUCAGGACGACUUUGUGUACGUGAUGCGCAAUGGCCGUGUAGCCGAGCAGGGCUUCCGUAAGGACCUGGAGGCGCGCAACAUUUCCACGGAGGCCCGCGACUCUCGCUCGGUCGUCGACGACGAGUUCGAUGGCGAUGGCGAGUUUCUCCGCUUGCGCGAUGCCCAGGCCGUCCGGUCUCCCGAUGGGUCCGAGCCCGGCGCUAUCGACGAAGGCUGGGAAUGCGCGAAGGAGAAGCUUGAGGACUCUGACGAGGCAGAGGAGGCCGCGCCCGCUGCAUGGCGCGCACCCAAUGUGUUCAGCGGCGCGUUCGCCCGACCGGACUCCCUCGCGGCACCGAACCUGAGCAAGCGUUUGACGCGGCUGAAGACGAUGUCGAACAGCUGGAUGCUAGACGCCAUCGCCGAUAUCACUGCUGCACCGGAGCGAGCGGAGGCGCCACGCCAGGAGAAGGAGAAGGAGAAAAGGAAGACUCAUACCUCGAGGCAUGCGACGUACACGGCUGCGCAAGCCGCGCGUCGUCGUCCGAGCAUGCACGUCUCGAUCCCUGUCUCUCCUCCGCCGGCAUACGAUCAGGUCGAGUACGGAUACCGCCGGCGUCGCGGUCUGCAAUUCACCCCUUCGUCGCCAACCUUCGUAAAACUCACACAUAGGACGAGCGGGGAAAUUAUCCUGGAUGAGGAUGAGAAGAGAGGCAUGGAAGCGGCGUCCAGCGCGCUACGCCCAACUGCACGUCCGGAUCGCCGCAACAGGAAUGCAGGCAGCGUCGACAUCCGCGUGGAGGGGACCAAGAAGGCUUCCGACGAGCCACCGGCUCCUCGCCCGCCAGGCUUGUUUGCGACCCUCAGGGCUGUCUACCCGGAUGCCCCUUACAAGCCUCUCUUCCUCCUUGGUCUCUUCCUCUGCCUUGCCAACGGCGCUAUGACCCCAGUCUUCUCCUUCUUCCUCUCGCGCCUCAUGUUCGAGGUCUCUACCGGUUCGACCAACGUCGGCCUCAUCAACCGUGUCGGCGGCCUCGUUCUUGGCGUCACCUGUCUCGAUGGCUUGCUCAUGGGCACGAAGUACUUCAUCAUGGAGACGCUCGCCGGCCUGUGGGCCGACCGCAUGCGCGCGAUCGCCUUCGCCAACGUACUCGCCCAGGACAAGGCGUGGUUCGAUCGCCCGGCGAACACGGUGUCGCGCAUCGUGCAGGUGUUGGUGAAGGACGCGGAGGACGCGAAGCUGCUUCUGAGCACGGUGAUCGGGCAAAUGGUCGUAGUGACGGCGAUGUUCGGGUCUGGGCUGCUGUGGGCGCUGGCGCGCGGCUGGGAACUGAACCUCGCGGGCUUUGCCGUGGCGCCGGUGUUCAUGGGCGUAAUGGCGAUACAGACACAACUUGUAGGCGAGUGCGAGCGUCGCAACCGCCUCGCGCGCGAGCAGGUCAGCAAGGGAUACUAUGAGACCAUCUCCAACAUCCGCGCUAUCCGGUCUAUGACCUACGACGAUAUCUUCCACCAGCAAUUCGAGAAGGCAGCGGCGCAGGCGCUCAAGAGCGGUGUGCGCGGCGCGUUCACCGAAGGCUGCACGGGUGGCAUUGCUUCCGGUCUAAUCUACUUCGCGGAGCCGCUGCUGUUCUACAUUGGCGCCGUCCUCAUUGCCAACGGUCGCUACUCGUACUUGCGUAUGGUCGAGACGCUCAACCUAGUUGUAUUCAUGGUCACCAUCGGCAGUCAGAUCAUGGCUUUCACUGCCAAGAUCAGCAAAGCCACUCAGGCUACGACACAACUCAAUGAGCUAGGACAUUUGUCUCCCCUUGACACGACUGAGGCGAAGGGCACUGAGUGCCCAGCCCUCUAUGGCGAUAUCAAUUUCCGCAACGUCGACUUGGCUUACCCAGAACGUCCCGAUGCCCCCGUUUUGCGCGACUUUACUCUCCGGAUCAAGGACGGAGAGUGCGUUGCCAUCGUGGGCGAGUCGGGCUCUGGCAAGUCGACCGUCGCAUCUCUCUUGCAACGGCUAUACGAGCCGCAGGCCGGCAUGAUUUCCAUCGGCUACCACAACAUCCGGCAUGUCGACGUCGACCACCUCCGCCACUACCUUGCCAUCGUGAGCCAGCACCCACAGCUGUGGGAUGCGAGCGUGCGCGACAACAUCACCUACGGCACCCCUCACAUGCCCGAGUUCCAUAUUCUUCGCGCCACGGCGGCCGCGCGCGCGCAGGAGUUCAUCAUGGAGCUCCCGCAGGGCUACGACACCAUGCUCGGCGAGGACGCGGCGCGCCUGUCGGGUGGGCAGAAGCAGCGGCUGCAGAUCGCGCGGGCCCUCGCGCGGCUCGGGGUGCACGUCGGGCGCGGAGUUCUCGUACUCGACGAAUGCACUUCCGCGCUAGACGCGGAGAGCCAGCGCGGCGUGCUUGAGGCCAUCACACGCGCGAAGGAGGGCCGCACAACGGUGAUGAUAACGCACAAGCUCGAGGCAAUGCAGAUGGGCGACCGGAUCGUUCUUCUCAAGGAUGGCCAGGUAUGCGAGGAGGGGACGUUUGAGGAGCUGAUGGCCCGCGCCGCCUCGUCUCGUUCUCGACGCGUUGGUUCUGCAUCACCCCAGCCCAUGUCUGGCUCCAUAUGGUCCAUAUUUUGA